AUGUUUUAUACUGUACGCCACUCCAGUGACGUGGAGUCCACGCUCAGCGCCACACCCGCGCACUUUAAGAUGGCACCCCAGAAACGUCAGCGCGGUGUUGAGUGGGACGAGUUCGAUUACGUCGAGGACAACGGUCAGCACAAGAUCCUUCGUGUAGCGUGCAACUACUGCGCUUCGAAUGUGUCCGCCUCAACUGCGAACAUGAGGACGCACCUGAGAAACUGCAAGAAGCGGCACGCCGAUCAUCGUAUCGUCAUCUAG